AUGGAUCCAAUAAAAUACAUUUUUGAGAAACCGUCAUUAUCUGGAAGGAUUGUAAAAUGGCAAGUUUUGUUGUUAGAGUACGAUAUUGUUUAUGUUACUAAAAAAGCAAUAAAGGGAAGCGCAGUUGCUGAUCAUUUAGCUGCUCAACCAGUAGCAGAUUACGAACCUAUGAGGAUUGAUUUCCCGGAUGAAAACAUAUUUCUAGUUGAAAAGAAUGCUAGAGAUCAUGAGACAUGGACUAUGCUUUUCAAUGGUGCCUCAAAUGAGUUGGGACAUGGGAUUAGAGUUGUGCUAAUUUCUCCAGAAGGAAAGGUUUUACCCCUAACGGACAAGUUAUGUUUUAAAUGCACUCACAAUAUCACUGAAUAUGAAGCUUGCAUUAUAGAACUUCAAGUAGCAUGCGAUAUGAAUAUUAAAAAGUUGAAAGUUUUGGGUGACUCGAUGUUAGUGAUACAUCAAGUCAAGGAAGAAUGGGAAACAAGAGAUGCUAAAUUGGUGCCUUACAGCCAAUACGUUACAAAAUUGUCUCAAAAUUUUGAGAAGAUUUCAUUUGACCAUGUCCCUAGGGAAGACAAUCGAAUGACAGAUGCAUUAGCCACUCUGGCAAUGAUGUUUGAUCUUAAUCUUGAAUUUGAACUUCAUCCAAUCCAAAUUACAAAGCGAGAUGUGCCAGCAUAUUGCAUGAAUGUUGGAAAUGAUAACAAGCCAUGGUAUUUUGACAUUAAGCAAUACAUAAAGUGUAGAGAAUAUCCAUAUGAAGCUUCAGAGAAUGAAAAACGUACAAUAAGGAGGUUGGCCAUGAACUUUUUCUUAAGUGGUGAAGUUCUUUAUAAAAGAAACCACGAUAUGGUGCUCCUUCGGUGUGUUGAUGAAGAGGAAGCAAAACAAAUUAUGACAGACAUUCAUGAAGGAAUAUGUGAAACACAUGCUAAUGGACAUAUGAUGGCUAGACAAAUACUUAGAUCUGGUUAUUAUUGGACAACGAUGGAAUCAGACUGCAUAAAAUAUGCAAGGGAAUGUAAAAAGUGUCAAAUUUAUAUGGAUAAGAUCCAUGUAGCUGCAUCUCCAUUGCAUAUCUUGUCAGCACCAUGGCCAUUUUCUUUAUGGGGAAUGGAUGUUAUUGGACCCAUUCAUCCUAAAGCCUAA